UUAUUGAAUUUGACGUAUCAAAGUUAACCUUACUUUUGAAGAGCAAUUACAAAAGUAAGGAAAAACUAUGGGAAAUGAUCAAUCCCAAUUUGCAGGGACUGAAAUUGAUGAAAAAGCAAUAGAAGUAUCAGAUUUUUGGACUCAACAUUCCGCUGUAAUAACAACACUUCCGAACGUCACAAAUUUGUCUGUGUUUAUUGGGGAACUUUUAGUAAGUGGUCCGCUAUGGAAGUCACAGACCCCUUUAGAGAAAAACAGUAAAAACUUGAUGAUAUACAGGCAUCCAUGCAUCUUAAAGUAUGUAUCAUCCUGGCAGAAAAGCUCCAAAUACUAUUUAGCUGUAGAAGACGUCAAACCUUUAGCACACGUAUUACCUUCAUUAAAUGAGCUGCAAAUAUGCAUUGGUUUACAUUCCAUUUUGAAGGCAUUAUGCUUUUUACAUGAGACUGCACAAGUUUCCCACAAUAAUGUGUGCAGUUCUUCAAUAUAUGUUGCGAGUGAUGGUAAUUGGAAACUGGGAGGAAUGGAAUAUUUGUGCAAAUUUAGUGAUAUAACCAGUGAUUUCUUGAAUAAAUCCAAAUCUAGUAGAUACAAUAAAGCCAUAGAUGAUAAUGAAGUGAAAAGUCUAGAGAUCAAAGCAAACAGAAGGGACACAAUAGAUGUGUAUGCUUUUGGAGUGCUUGUUUGUGAAUUGCUCAGGUCCAAAAAUGAAGAUACAGUGCCAUCAUUAUCAGAUUUCCUAACCCUCUGUAAAAAUGAAUUACAAAAUAGCAAUGUAACAUUGAGGCCAAAACUGAUUUCCCUUCUGAACCAUGAGUUCUUUAAUCACAAAUUUAUUGCAAUUCAUUCAUUCCUAAUUGAGUUACCUUUAAAGAGUGAUGAUGAAAGAACAGAGUUUUUCUCAAGUCUGCUAGAAAAAUUGAAGGAAUUCAAUGAGGUCACAGUGGCGAAAGAAUUGAGCAGUUUGUUGCUCUCAAGGAUGGUGUUAUUGAAUAAAACUGCAAACACUGAAUUGUUGCCUGUCUUGUUAACACCUAGGAAAGAUGGAGAUGAAGAUAAGUCAAAAGGUCUUUUCACAUUAGAUACUUUCAAAACCUAUGUUUCCCCAAAGUUAAAAAACAUAUUUUGCGUCAGGGAUGCUCAAAUUAGACUUUUACUUCUGAAUAAUUUCCAUAAUUUUGUAGAAACCUUCACCAAAGAGGAUAUACAGACGUGCAUUUUACCCGAGUUACUUCUGGGUAUAAAGGACACAAGCGACCACCUAGUUUCGGUGACGUUGCGAAGCCUGGCGGAUCUGGUGCCCCUUUUGGGUGCGGCCACCGUAAUCGGUGGCAAGAGGGCGAAGCUCUUCAACGACGGCAGACCGAUAACCCAUCCGGGAAGAAAGUUAUCGCGACCCGCAAAACGAUCCGAAUUCAUUCCCCCCGAGGCUGACCUCACGGCCACCGCUUCAAACAGUUCCAAUUCGUUGGUACAGUUGAAUUUCGGCGUGGACCUGUCCGAAAGGCAGAGGCCCGACGGCGAGGAGGGAGAAACGUCGACGGAGGAGAUCGAGCAGUCUGUCGACGAAGACUUGGACAAUUGGGAGGACUGGGAUAUUAACGAGGGCGGUCAUCAGAGUAUGAUGAAUUCGCUGAACGCUCAGAACGACGAACCCACAUCACACACGGAUUCGACCGCCGUUUCUAUGGAUUCGGAGCCGGUCGACUUGGAAAACGUUUCCAUUCAGAUAUCGAACAUGGAAAUUACUCGCAAGACUAAUCAGCAGCAAAUUGUUGAUAUCACAGAGCUUGAUAUCAAGAAUCAACUGGGGAAUGGAAAAAUGGAUGAGAUUGACUUCUUCCAGGAUAUGGAGCCUGUGAUUGAGAGUACAAACAAGUUUUUGGUCAGUGGAGAAGAUGGUGAGAAAAAGGAGAGUGAAGAAUUUAGUAGUAAACUAACACUGAGUGCCACUGAUGUUAAGGAGGAAGGAUGGGGUGAUGAUGAGUGGGAUUAAGUUCCGUUUUAAUUGUAUAUACAAAAUUAUUAUUCGUUUUAUUGUUCAUAUUCAUAUUCUGUUAUUUUUAUUAUAAUUGUUGAAUUGAUAAUUACAAAUUUGAGAUUCAAAUAUAAAUAAAUACAUAUUUAAAUUGAAAA